CGUCAUAUUGCAAUGAGUCUGUCCGGCCCCAUGAAUGCACAACAGCAGCGGUAAGCAGCUGGUGGACUCGAUUGAUGCCAAUUUAUCUCUCAACACGUGACACGUCCGGUCUCUCCAAUCCAACAAUAACAGCGUAUCUCGCAGCAGUCAAGAAACACACACAGGCCCUCUACUCAUCAGCUACAAGUACACCUGGUGUGUGUUUGUGAUGGGCUGUCUGCAUCUCGGGCACAGCCGUGAGUCGCCAGUCUGCACACCCCAUCCAUCCAUCCUCCACAUGAUAUCCAUCCAUUGCAAAUCAGUGCAACUCAUCUGGCCAUCCAUGCCUUCCCCUUGGCGUGCUGGCUGUCCUGAAGAGCCUCCCUCCACUGGCAGUGCUGUGGUUCUUUCUACUGGGUGCUGUUCGGCUGGGCGGCGUCAUGUGUGCGGCGAGCGGGUCGGACUGAUCUGCUGCUGGCUGCGAUUCAACGGACAGCACAGCAUGUGAGUGAUGGAAAUGAAUGAUGGUCUUCUUGCGUGGUUGUAUGGUCGAUGUGAUGGAAAUGCAUGGCAACCAGCUGCGGAGCUGCUGACAUACGUCGAUGAUCCAUCCAGUUGAGCGAGGCCGAACAGCCGUGCGAAUGAAUGGGAAGCAUCGACUGACUGCAUCGAGAGGGGCGCGAGGACAUCUGAAUGGAAAUGCAAACAUACAUACAUGGGUUCUUACAUCCCAACAGGUUCCCACCCAUGAACAAACAUACUGACCGUAUCACGUCAGUCAGUCAGUCAGUCAGUCAGUACAUGCGUUUUGGUUCUUCUUCGUCAUUCAGUCAGUCAGUCGCUUUGAUUGGGUGCGAACACGCGCGCGAUGCGGUGGAAGGCACGUCUGAGCGGCCCCUCUUGACUCAUGGUAUCAGCAUCUGAACCAAGCAAUGAAAACAAACAGCCAACAGGGCCAAUGCGAUAUGCAUACAGACAUCUCGUAUGUAUCCGUUUCACUUGUCUGGGCGUUGGACGGUGUGGCGGUGGCCGUGGCAGCCUGACAGGCAGCGUCAGUGGGCCAUGGCGCCAUCUGCUUGAUGACGAUUGGGUGCCAAGGGUCUUUGGAGCUCCCCUCUGUGCCAAACACCUCGGCAAUGGUCUGGCUGUCCUGCGCGUCCUCGUGACCAACGAACACCACAUCACUCAGCUUCGUGCCCCACCUGAUUGCCAAGAGGAAGCAGACACGUACACGAGACACAUACAGUACGUCCGUACACUUCGCAUGCAUCGGAUGAUCAGUCAGUCAGUCAGUGACUGACAGUUGCUUACCAGAUGGCUCCAUACUCGAGGAGCAGCAUCUUGAGGUCUUCCACGGUUCGCAGGCCCUCCGUGAUAUACCCCUCCAUGGCCUCCUAGCCUGAUCUUGGGUCCUCGCUCCACGUGAACAUACGAUAUGCAUCCUUUCCUUCGCAAUCGCCACCUGCGAGCAAAGAGAGAGAGAGGGAGGGAGAGAGAGUUGAAACGAUAGGAUCUGCAUCUCCCAUGGCCCACCUGCAGCUCCCAUGACGUGCCAAGAAGUACUGACAAGAUCCGCUGCCAUCCGCCAGCAGUCGAGAGGACGACUGACUCGAGGGACUCGUCUCGCCCUCUCGUCGGCCGAGUGCCUCACUCUCGCAACGCACAGCUGUCCGACAAGGCGCACAAACAAAACGCCGCACUUUGGCCUCUUCG